AAUAAUUUUCUGCAAAAUUUAAUGUGAGUGGGUGGUGAACUCAAUAAGUGGGCGUUGGCUCAGUUCAAUUUACGGAGUCCGUAACAUUCAGUUUAUUUUUGUGUCACGUGGGAGAAUGAGUCGUCAUGACAACUAAACCGUGGUCCAUGAUUUUUUAUAUGGAGUCAAGUUUCUGUAUUUCUCUCCUUGUUUAGAAGCAAUGGAGCAUUCUAAAAGUCAAUUAGACUGGCACAACCCGGCAGCCAAAGCCAGGUCUCUCCUUCCAGCCAUACCAGUUGUCCCCUCUUCACACGAGCAGCCUUCGCCCUUCUACCAACUGGUCCUUGAUAACUUGGAGAACCCUCCCAUCCUCAAACGUGCCUCCUGGACGAGAGCAGCACCUUUCAAGGAGGAGAGGCAUGCCCGGAGCCCCUCGGAGUCGAUUGCUAAUAACUUCACACCAAGUGCAGCUAAUCUCAGACUGAGAGCAUUGAAAAGGAGAACGAGAUCAUCUCCUGCAUCAAAGAUCCUAUCUUCCCAUCCUCCCAUUCCUGUCCCACUCGGCUAUCAUGAGCACCAACGGCCACUGGUCCUCAGACCAGCCACCACUAGAGGAGGACGCAUUCUCAACUCGUCACGUUUGGGCAGCAGAGGAGGAUCAAGAGAAGAAGGAGAGAGAAAAGGAAGAGGAGGAGGAGGGAGUGAGAGAGGAGAGGGAGGAAUAAAACACUCGCCGUCUCGUCCGAUGAGCCCAAGGGAACAGUUCAAUCAGAUGGGACUGCAGGAGGAAUGGAGGAAGAGAAUGAAUGGGGCACCUUCUGAUAAAGAUGAAGAGAGGUACAAGUACUACAUCACUCAUGGAGUGAGAGUCCAAGAUAUUGAGCCGAUGCCCUUGGGCCAGAUGAACCUGUUUUAUGAUCGAGUCUCACCUUUCCUUACCUCUAACCCAGACUAUGCCAGUCUAUGCCACUCACUGGAGGAAGAAAUAUUAACAGACUAUCAGUACAGCCUCAAGAAAGCUGUAGUUGAUUACAUACUCAUUGAUCCUGAAGAGAAAAAGAGAUUGAAUAUCAAUGCACUACCACUAUCAUCACCAAGAAGGAUAAUAAGGGCACCAGUUCCAUGGCAUUUCAGCUACAGGGAGACACUGGAGGCUCAGCAGGUUCAGCUAUUCAUUGGGAAUAGAGUGUUACUGGAACUGAAUAACCUUUGGCACAACAAAUAUUCUCAUUUGAGAUUUGUGCUCUGCAAGAAUCUCUGUAAUGCAGCUCUUCCCCUCAAACCUGAAGACUUUGAAGCACUCGUCAAACAGCAAUGCAGCGAGUGUAGGAAAACACUGGAGAAUGAGUGGAUUCUUGAUUGUGGUGGCAUACUACGUGAGUAUAGAGACAGUUGGUCACAUUUGAUACCGAAUGAGCCAGAGGAGAGAGCAAUACUGGCAGAGCACUUCUUCAAUGCUGUCUGUAGUCUGAUGGCCAGGCAGCUAAGGGACUGUGUUAAAGCAUCAAUUGACGAGUUUAUAUCUUUUCUUAAGAUUUAUCAGUGUGGUAACAAGUACGAAGAUGAUAAAUUUCAUGAUCUUCUCUAUACAUCACAACCUGUUCUUCAUCUUGAUGUCCUUAUCAAAAGAGCUGAUCUAGUGUUUGAUCCACCUCUGGAGCAGUUGGAGAACAUCAUUAACAGAUUAGUUACUGUUAUAGUUGAAAGUGCACACGACCUACCAAGAGUUGAGCACGUCUUGUUUCCUGAUCUUCAUGGUCACAGGAUGAUUAUUCCUGCCAUGACAAUUUAUGAUGAAACUGUUCUAUUCACGCGCCGUGAGGCCAACCUUUUACUCAAGGCUAACUUUGCAGGAAUUAAAAAGUACAAGAAAAUGUAUGAUCAAUAUAAGAAGUAUUUGGACGGGACAGCGGGCCAAGAACUUGAAGCAUUUCUUAAAGAAGAAGAUGUACCACUUACUGACUAUGGAAAGCGUAUUAAUCGUCUGCAAGAGACGUCAGGUUUUCUAAAGGUUCUUCGCUGCUCGGUGUAUCUUAAUUUUUUUUUCCUCAACGUCGAGUCUGUCAAUGUUCACAUUGUUGGACUGAUUGAUGAACUUGUUAAGAAACUAAACAAAAGACUCAUCGACCAGAACAGAGACAUCAAUAGAGAUUUGUGUAGACAAUAUGAUGAAAUAUCAGCCAAAGUCUACGAAGAUCCUGACAAUACUGAUAACCUUGUUGAGCUGAUGCAGUUUCUAACUAAAUCACGUGAUGAGACUGUGUACAAGCUAAAGAUGGAGGUCAAGGAAGCAGCAGAUAGGGUUAUGUUUCUUUUUAACUAUGUCAACUUUUCAGAUGAUGACUUAAAGUUGAACAGCCAGACUUUCAACUGGCCUGAUAAGAUGGAUCCGAUCUUUGAAGUGAGUCAGAGGAGACUUCUCUCAAGGAGAGAAAAAGCUGAGGCUGACCUCAAGGAGAAGGUGGUUAAGUUCGAGGAGCAGCUAACAGAAUAUCACAACGCCAUUGAGUUGUAUAAAGAUAAAGAAGUUCCUCGUAAUGUUGAUGACAUCAGGUCUGUUGUUGAGCAGUUGAAUGAACUUGGAAAGAAACUGGAGGCUUCUAAAGAAGAAGCAAUGUCAAUCAACAAUGAGGAAGAGUUGUUUGAGUGGGAGGUGACAGCAUUCCCUCAGAUACAGACUGGUAUUACACUCAAGGAACCUUUUGAUAGACUCUGGGCAACGGCCCUUGAUUUUCACAUCAAGCAUGACAAAUGGCUUAAUGGUCCAUUCAUUGAGCUUGAUGCUGAAGAGGUGGAGGAGGAGUUGGGCAGCAUGUGGCGAACAAUGCACAAGCUCUCAAGAACAUUUGCCGACAAUCCGAACCCGAAACGCUCGGCCGAGAUAACAAAAUCAAAACUGGACAAGUUUAAGCAACACUUGCCGCUACUCCAGACAUUUUGCAAUCCAGGAAUAAGAGACAGGCACUGGAAGAGUAUGUCUGAGAUUGUUGGAUUCGAUUUAAAGCCACAGCCUACCACACCAUUGAGUAUAAUGAUUGGCUAUGGACUGGAUAAACAUCUUGAAAAGUUGGAAGAGAUUGGUGCUUCAGCCAGUAAAGAGUAUUCCCUUGAGAAAGCAAUGGAUAAGAUGAAAACUGAGUGGAAGGACAUUUGCUUUAAUUUCUUACCUUAUCGUGACACUGGCAUAUCAAUAUUGUCAUCAGUGGAUGAUGUUCAGAUGCUGUUGGAUGAUCACAUUGUCAAAGCACAGACAAUGAGGGGCUCUCCUUUCAUCAAACCAUUUGAAGCAGAAAUAAAAGAAUGGGAAGAGAAGCUACUCCUAAUGCAGGACAUACUGGACGCAUGGCUUAAGUGUCAAGCCACGUGGCUCUAUUUAGAGCCCAUUUUCUCCUCUGAGGACAUAAUGGCACAGAUGCCUGAAGAAGGAAGAAAGUUUUCAAUUGUUGAUAGAUACUGGAAGGACAUCAUGACAGGAUCAGUUAAAGACACUCAUGCGCUGGUUGUCACUGCACAAAAGAACAUGCUAAGUCGUUUAACUGAAUCAAACUCGCUCCUUGAAGAAAUACAAAAAGGACUCAACGACUAUCUUGAAAAGAAGAGGCUUUACUUCCCUCGCUUCUUCUUCCUCUCUAAUGACGAGCUCCUUGAGAUAUUAUCAGAGACAAAGGACCCGCUAAGAGUCCAGCCUCAUCUCAAGAAAUGUUUUGAAGGCAUUGCAAAGUUGGAGUUCACAGAGACUCAGGAAGUGAAGGGUAUGAUCAGCAGCGAGAAGGAGAGUGUUCCCUUCUCUGAGACUGUCAUACCUGCUGAAGCUAGAGGUAUGGUAGAGAAGUGGUUACUGAGAGUCCAGCAAGUAAUGAUUAAGAGUUUAUGUGAUGUCACUGCUGACUCAGUUAAAGCAUAUCCAGUGACAUCACGGGAUCAGUGGGUCUUAGACUGGCCCGGACAGAUUGUUAUAUCAGUCAGUACUAUAUACUGGACACAGGAAGUGAAUGAUGCUAUUGUCAAUGGAACUUUAAAAGAUUAUCUUGCUCAGUGUACCGGUCAGAUUAAUAGGAUAGUUGAAAUGGUUAGGGGAAAGUUAGCUAAAAUGGCCCGUACUACACUUGGGGCUCUCACUGUCAUUGAUGUUCACGCAAGGGAUGUAGUAGCUAAACUGUAUGAGGACAAAGUCUCCUCCCCUAACGACUUCCAAUGGAUAAGUCAGUUGAGGUAUUACUUUGAAGAUGGGAAGGUCUUAGUUAAAAUGAUAACAACUGAGGUUCCCUAUGGUUACGAGUAUCUGGGCAAUACUGGUAGACUUGUUAUUACUCCACUAACUGAUAGAUGCUAUCGUACACUAAUGGGAGCAAUCAAACUGAAUCUUGGUGGAUCACCUGAAGGGCCUGCUGGUACUGGAAAGACAGAGACAUGCAAAGAUCUAGCCAAGGCUGUUGCUAAACAGUGUGUGGUGUUCAACUGCUCUGAUGGAUUGGACUAUAAAGCAAUGGGGAAGUUCUUCAAGGGUCUAGCCCAGGCUGGAGCUUGGGCUUGUUUUGAUGAGUUCAACCGCAUUGAGCUUGAAGUACUGUCUGUCAUAGCUCAGCAGAUACAGUGCAUCCAACUGGCGGUGGUGCAGAAACUGAAGCGGUUUAUGUUUGAAGGGACAGAGAUAUCACUGGACCCAUCUUGUACUUGUUUCAUCACCAUGAACCCUGGCUACGCUGGGAGACAAGAACUACCAGACAAUCUUAAAGUGUUGUUUCGUACAGUAGCCAUGAUGGUUCCUGAUUAUGCUCUGAUUGGAGAGAUCUCGCUGUAUUCAAUGGGUUUUGUUGAUGCUAGGAGUCUGGCUGCUAAGAUAGUAGCAACUUAUAGGCUCUGCUCAGAGCAGCUUUCAUCACAGCAUCACUAUGAUUAUGGUAUGAGAGCUGUAAAGUCGGUAUUAACAGCAGCAGGUAACCUCAAGCUACAGUAUCCUGAAGAAGACGAGAGCAUAUUAUUACUGAGAGCCAUUAACGAUGUAAACUUACCGAAAUUCCUUGCGCACGAUUUGCCUCUUUUUGCUGGCAUCACGAGCGAUCUCUUCCCUGGAGUGACCCUACCCCAACCUGACUAUGAAUACAUGACUGAUGCCCUCAAUGAUAACAUUGCUCGUAUGGGCCUACAGUCCGUCCCUUGGUUCAUCUCUAAGAUUAUACAAAUAUACGAGAUGAUGUUAGUCCGUCAUGGGUUCAUGAUAGUAGGGGACCCAAUGGGAGGGAAAACCAGUGCUUAUAAAGUACUGGCAGCUGCACUAGCUGACUUACAGACGAGUGGGCUCCUUGAGGAGUUCAAGGUUGACUAUCGUAUUAUUAACCCAAAGAGUAUCACAAUGGGCCAGUUGUAUGGUUCCUUUGAUCCAGUGUCCCACGAGUGGUCUGACGGGGUAUUGGCUAAUUCUUUCAGAGAGCAGGCAUCAGCGACCGAUGAGAAUAGGAAGUGGAUAGUCUUUGAUGGGCCAGUUGAUGCUAUUUGGAUUGAGAAUAUGAAUACUGUACUGGAUGAUAAUAAAAAGCUCUGCCUGAUGAGUGGUGAGAUUAUUCAGAUGAGUAAUAAACAGAAUCUCAUAUUUGAGCCGGAGGAUCUUGAGGUAGCAUCACCAGCGACUGUCUCAAGGUGUGGUAUGAUAUAUAUGGAGCCUCAUCAGUUGGGAUGGAGGCCACACUUUAACUCAUACAUGAACACUCUCCCUGACUCGAUCAAUGAAGAGAACAGAUCAAUGAUUCGUGAUCUCUUUGAUUGGCUCGUUGAUCCUUGUCUUGAUUUCGUGCGUCACGAGUGUCAGCUCUUUGUGAACACGUCAGAUAUUCAUUUAACAGUAUCUUUAAUGAGACUGUACUCCUGUUUGAUGGAAGAAAUAAAGAAGUCUGGUAGUGUUGAAGGUUCUGAGAUGUCACAGAUGCAGAUAUCACUGUGGCUACAGUGUCUCUUCCUUUUCUCUCUUAUCUGGUCCGUGGGUGGUACCAUGAACGGAGACUCGAGGACUAAGUUUGACGUGUUCUUUCGUACCAUAGUAUCCGGAACAGACACUAAUCACCCUAGACCAAAGAGCUUUAAACUUGGAAAGGCUAACUUGUUUCCAGAGAGAGGAACUGUUUUUGAUUAUUUUUUCCAGAAGAAUGGUGGAAUCUGGGCCAGUUGGGAGGACAGCAUUGAAAGGAAUAUGACUGUAGCAGCAGAUGUUAAAGUCAGUGAUCUUAUCAUACCUACAGUGGAUACAACCAGGCAGACAUUUUUCUUGCAAACGUUUGUCAAUAAUGAGAUACCAGUUCUGUUUGUUGGUCCAACAGGUACUGGUAAAUCAGCCCUCACCAACAGCUUCCUAGUUAAACUACCAAAAGACAAAUAUGUUCCAAAUACGAUUAAUUUUUCUGCUCGCACUUCAGCUAAUCAAACUCAAGACAUCAUCAUGUCAAAGCUUGAUAGGCGUAGAAAGGGUGUGUAUGGCCCAGGUAUGGGGAAGAAGUCUGUUGUAUUUGUUGAUGAUCUCAAUAUGCCUGCUAAAGAGAAGUAUGGGGCACAGCCUCCCAUUGAGCUACUGAGACAAUGGAGGGACCACUACCACUGGUAUGACAAGAAAGACACCUCUAAACUGGAGCUGGUUGAUGUGUUGUUAGUAUCAGCAAUGGGUCCUCCUGGAGGUGGUAGGAACAACAUUACUGGUCGAUUCACUCGUCACUUCAACAUAAUAUCAAUAGAGUCUUUUGAUGAUAAUACACUGACUAGGAUAUUCACUACAAUGGCUGAUGCUCACUUUAGCAGAGGAUAUGAUGGUGUUUUCAAUAGACUGGGAAAAGUGAUGGUUCUUGCUACAAUGUCAGUGUACAAAUCAGCAGUAACCACAUUCCUUCCCACACCAACCAAGUCUCACUAUGUCUUUAACCUGAGGGACUUCUCAAGAGUAGUGAGAGGAGUGUUGCUGGUACCCAAGACACAUUUGACUGAAGGAGAUAAGCUAAUCAGACUCUGGGUACAUGAAAUUUAUAGGGUCUUUUAUGAUAGACUUAUUGAUGAUAAGGACAGGCAGUAUUUCUUUGAUAUUGUCAAGGAGACGAUGCAGAACCAGUUCAAAGUGAGUCUUGAUAAGGUUUUAAAGAGACUGGCCUCACCCACUGGAGAGCUAAAAGACGAUGACAUUCGUGGCCUUUUCUUUGGUGAUUAUAUUAAUGCUAAUAGUGACCUGAGACCCUAUGAUGAGAUCACUGACUUUGAGGAACUAACUACUGUCAUUGAAACGUAUCUUGAUGAGUAUAAUCAGGUCACCAAGACUCCAAUGAAGCUCGUUAUGUUCAAGUUCGCUAUUGAGCAUGUGUCCAGAAUCAGUCGUGUACUCAAGCAGGACAAUGGACAUGUACUCUGCAUUGGUAUUGGAGGGAGUGGGCGUCAGAGUGCUACCAAACUGGCUACAUACAUGGCAGGCUAUGAUCUGUUUCAAAUCGAAAUCACUAAAAACUACACAACAGUUGAAUGGAGAGAUGACAUUAAGAAAAUGAUGAUUAAAGCUGGCACUGAGGGCAAAGCUGUUGUAUUCCUCUUCAGUGACAAUCAGAUCAAAGAUGAAUCAUUUGUUGAAGAUAUCAACAUGAUCCUUAACACUGGGGACGUACCUAAUAUCUUCCCUGCUGAUGAGAAGGCAGAGAUUAUUGAGAAGAUGCAAGUCAUUGCUAGAACACAGGGUAAGAAGAUAGAGGCUACUCCUUUGUCAAUGUACAACUACUUCAUUGAGAGAGUGAGAGAGAACCUUCACGUAGUACUAGCAAUGAGUCCUAUUGGAGACGCAUUUAGGAACCGACUCAGAAUGUUCCCUUCACUUAUCAACUGUUGUACCAUUGACUGGUUCCAGGCAUGGCCGCAAGAUGCUCUUGAGAUGGUUGCCAAUAAGUUCCUUGAAGAUGUUGAUAUGGAUGACAAGACAAGAAUCCACUGUGUAUCAAUGUGUCAGUACUUCCAUCAGAGUGUAAGGACAUUAUCUGAGAAGUUCUUCAGUGUCUUGAGGCGUCACAAUUAUGUGACUCCUACUUCCUACCUUGAGCUCAUAUUGACUUUUAAGAAACUCUUUGGACUCAAAAGAAAUGAAAUUUUACUCCUCAAGCAGCGCUACACCACUGGCCUGGAGAGACUGGAGUUUGCUGCUUCUCAAGUGUCAGUAAUGCAACAAGAGCUAACUGAUUUGAGGCCAGAGCUCAUUAAAACAAGUGAGGAGACUGCCAAACUGAUGGUAAAGAUUGAGAAGGACACCAUAGAAGCAGAAGCAAAGAAAGAAGUUGUUGCUGCAGACGAGGCAGUAGCCAAUAAAGCUGCUGCAAAGGCUCAAGCAAUCAAAGAUGACUGCGAGAGUGAUCUUGCUGAAGCAAUCCCAGCACUAGAGGCAGCCAUAGCUGCCCUGAACACGCUCAAACCGAGUGACAUCACUCUAGUAAAGGCAAUGAAGAACCCUCCAUCAGUUGUUAAGCUGGUGAUGGAGGCAGUUUGUAUCAUGAGGGGAAUGAAACCAGAGAGAAAGCCUGAUCCUAGUGGAUCGGGGAAGAUGAUAGAGGACUACUGGGGGACGUCACAGAAACUGCUGGGAGACAUGAAGUUCCUUGACUACCUUAAGAAUUAUGAUAAGGAUAACAUACAGCCAGCCAUCAUGAAGAAAAUAAGAGAAAAGUACAUAACAAAUGCAGAGUUUCAUCCAGAUGUAGUGAAGACAGCAUCCACUGCCUGUGAGGGAUUGUGCAAGUGGACGCGUGCCAUGGAAGUCUAUGACAGAGUGGCCAAAGUCGUCGCUCCAAAGAAAGAAAGUCUUGCCAUUGCAGAGCAAGAAUUGUCCGUACAAAUGGAGAAAUUGAACACUAAAAGAGCUGAACUAAAAGCUGUAUUGGAUAAGCUCCAGUCCCUCAAUGACGAGUUUGAUGCUAUGACUGCAAAGAAGGAGCAGCUCGAAGAGAACAUUGACAUUUGCUCAAAGAAGCUAGACAGAGCUGAGAAACUGAUAGACGGACUGGGAGGAGAGAAGGACAGGUGGAGCGAGGCAGCAAGAGAGCUCGGACAAUUAUACGAUAAUGUAACAGGGGACGUCCUCCUUUCCUCAGGAAUAGUUGCUUAUUUAGGAGCGUUCACUGUUGACUUUAGACUAGAAUGUGUCAGAGAGUGGCACCGGUUGUGUCUUAAUAAAGGUAUUCUCUGCUCUGAUCCAUUCUCACUUAGUAAGACACUUGGACAGCCAGUGACUAUUAGGAACUGGCAGAUAGCAGGACUACCAGUUGACUCAUUCUCUAUCGAUAACGGGAUCAUACUAUCAAACUCGCGUCGCUGGCCGCUGCUCAUUGACCCACAGGGUCAGGCCAAUAAAUGGAUCAAGAACCUUGAAAGACCCAAUAAACUAGCCGUUAUAAAACUCUCCGAUGCUAACUAUGCCCGUACACUUGAGAACUCUAUACAGUUUGGUACUCCAGUCCUCCUGGAGAAUGUUGGGGAGGAGCUGGAUCCACUUCUAGAGCCUCUGCUCCUCCGUCAGGUUUUCAAGCAAGGAGGAGUGGAGUAUAUUAGACUAGGAGAGAAUGUCAUUGAGUAUAGUCAGGACUUUAGGUUCUACAUAACUACGAGAUUUAGAAACCCUCACUACCUCCCCGAAGUAUCUGUUAAAGUGUGUUUGGUUAAUUUCAUGAUUACUCCUACUGGACUAGAGGAUCAGUUACUAGGUAUAUUGGCUGCUAGGGAGAAGCCAGAAUUAGAAGAAAAGAAAAAUGAGCUGAUAAUAGAGAGUGCAGCAAAUAAGAAACAGUUGAAAGAAAUUGAAGAUAAAAUUCUUGAAGUUUUAUCAGCAGAGGGUAAUAUAUUAGAGGAUGAGACUGCUAUUAAGAUACUCUCUUCAUCAAAGACACUAUCAGAAGAAAUACAAGCCAAACAAGAAGUUGCAUCAGCCACAGAGAAAGAAAUAGACGAGACUCGAAACGGCUACAAACCAGUCGCCUUUCACUCCUCAAUCCUAUUCUUCUGCAUAUCAGACUUAGCCAAUAUAGAACCAAUGUAUCAGUACUCACUAACCUGGUUCAUCAACCUAUACACACAGUCAAUAGCCAAUAGUGUCAAAUCAACUGACUUACAGGAAAGAAUAGCCAACCUUAACGAUCACUUUACCCUCAGUAUAUACAACAAUGUCUGUCGGUCUUUGUUUGAGAAGGAUAAACUAUUAUUUUCUAUAUUGCUAUGUAUCGGGUUACUUAAGGGACGUGGGGAGGUGGAGGACGAGAGUUGGAGGUUCUUGCUCACUGGAGGUGUGGCUUUAGAGAAUCCUCACCCAAACCCUUUCCCUUCUUGGCUGUCUGAUAAGUCGUGGGGUGAGAUAGUCAGAGCAUCUAAUCUACCAGAACUGAAAGGACUGAUGAAUGACUUCAGUCCAGAAUGGAAGACACUGUAUGAUUCUCCUACUCCUCAUGAGACAAAAUUUCCUAAUCCAUGGGAGAUGAAAGUCAAAGGACUGCAUCGUAUGAUUGUUCUAAGGUGCAUAAGACCAGACAAGAUAGUCCCUGCUGUUCAAAACUUCAUAACUGAUAAAAUGGGACAGCAAUACAUUGAGCCGCCUACCUUUGAUCUUGCUGGUAGUUUCUCUGACUCUCAUUGCUGUGCUCCUCUUAUAUUUGUACUCUCACCUGGGGCUGAUCCAAUGGCUGGACUGUUAAAGUUUGCUGAGGAUAAAGGAUUUGGUGGGAGUCGCUGUCAAACCAUAUCACUAGGACAAGGACAAGGUCCUAUAGCUGCUAAGAUGAUAGAUCAAGCUAUUGCUGAAGGUACUUGGGUUGUACUACAAAACUGUCACUUGGCCACAUCAUGGAUGCCUAAACUAGAGAAGAUAUGUGAAGAAGUCAUUAUACCAGAGAAUACACACAAGGAGUUCAGGCUCUGGCUGACAAGCUAUCCUUCUGAAGACUUCCCUGUCUCUAUACUACAGAAUGGUGUUAAAAUGACUAACGAGCCUCCCAAAGGAAUGAGAGCUAAUCUCCUUCGUUCAUACCUCAAUGAUCCAAUAUCUGACAAAACAUUCUUUGAAAACUGCAAUAAACCCAAGUACUGGAGGAAGCUGUUAUUUGGUUUGUGUUUCUUUCAUGCAAUGGUACAAGAGAGAAGGAAGUUUGGUGCUUUGGGUUGGAAUAUACCUUACGAGUUCAAUGAAUCCGACCUUAGAAUAUCAAUGAGACAAAUGCAGAUGUUUCUUAAUGAAUAUGAAGAAUUGCCUUUUGAUGCUCUCACUUAUUUGACUGGACAGUGUAAUUACGGUGGACGUGUAACUGAUGAUAAAGACAGGCGAUUACUAAUCUCUUUACUUUCUAUAUUCUAUACAAAGGAUAUCAUUGAAAAUGAAGAAUAUAAGUUUUCAUCAAGUCCAUUAUAUUAUGCUCCACCUCAUGGAGAGUUCCAGUCAUACAUUGACUAUAUCAGAUCACUGCCAAUAAUACCUCAUCCUGAAGUCUUUGGAUUGCAUGAAAAUGCUGACAUUACUAAAGAUAAUCAGGAAACAUUUCAAUUGUUUGAUAGCAUAUUGUUAACAUUGCCAAGGAUGACUGGAGGAGCUGGUAAGUCACCACAACAAGUUAUUGAUGAACUAGCGAGUGACAUACUUACCAAACUACCGCCUGACUUUAACAUGGAAAAAGUUAUGCACUUGUUUCCAGUUGUAUAUGAGGAGUCAAUGAAUACUGUACUGAGACAAGAGUUGAUCAGAUUCAAUAGAUUGACGUCAGUUGUUCGUUCAACAUUACAAAAUAUCAAAAAAGCACUCAAAGGUCUUGUUGUAAUGUCAUCAGAAUUAGAAAAUGUGUUUGAUAAUAUGAUUACUGGUAAAGUACCAGCAGUCUGGGCAGCUAAAUCUUAUCCAUCACUGAAACCUCUUGGUGGAUAUAUUAAUGACUUACUGGCAAGACUCAAGUUCUUUCAGGAUUGGAUUGAAAACAAAGCUCCUCCUGUGUUUUGGAUAUCAGGCUUUUACUUUACUCAAUCCUUCUUGACAGGUGUAUCACAGAAUUUUGCUAGAAAAUACACAAUACCAAUUGAUAAGUUAGGAUUUCAGUUUGAAGUACUGGAAGAAGAAGAUACUAUGUCUCAGAAACCUGAUGAUGGAGCUUAUGUUAAAGGUUUAUUUAUGGAAGGUGCUCGCUGGGACAGAGAAGCAAAGGUGAUUGGUGAAUCAAAGCCAAAGUCCCUCUAUGACAACCUACCCAUAAUCUGGUUAAAGCCUGGUGAAACACUCAAAUUUAAACUAGCUCCAACUUAUGCUGCUCCAGUUUAUAAGACUAGUGCUAGGAGAGGUACACUCUCAACCACUGGACACUCUACUAAUUAUGUACUUACCAUGCAACUGCCUUCUGAUAAACCAGAGAGCCACUGGAUCAAUAGAGGAGUAGCUAUACUCUGCCAAUUGGACGAUUAAUAUCACUUAAUUUACAAAUUUUAAAUCUUUAGAGCUAUUAUUGUCAAUUAAAAUAA